AUGCAACUAAACUAUUACAAAUCCCAUAGAAUCAGCAAAAAACAAAAAAGACGUCAUGGCAAUUUGCCAAACGCAACACAAGCUAUAGCCGAGUCCCCUACGUCGGAGGGGGAGAUCAUCCAGACACCAACAGAAACCAGGCAGCAAACCUUCUUGUACAAGAUUUUAUCUUUCGGAAGCUUCCUGGUGCCAUUGUGCGUUAAUGACUCAGGGAAUAAUAUACCUCAAACAUUUCGAAUGGAAAACUUCACGUCCGGUAAGUUGCACCUCCUACCAGGCUACAAGGCAUCCAAUUCUGUAAGAAAGCAUCCAACUGCACCGUGCCAUCAAUCACUUGCUACAAUAAUUCAGGACGCCUUUAUUCUUGCUUCAUGUAGGAUUUGUACUCUGCACACUUGGGAGACCCAAGAAGCGGCCUAUAAAUACCUCGGUCCAUCCAUUCCCCAGUUCAUCAAGCACACGACAGUUCUAAGCCUUCCAGUGCCGGAACAGAGCAGCAUAUAA